AUGACAUCACAGACCCCCACGAGCAGGGGAACAUCUAGGAAUAUGCUCUCAAUCCUGAUCAUCCCCGCUGCGUCCGCGCUUCCCUCGAUUUACACCAAGGUUGUUUCAGAAGUUGCAGCGCAUGGUUAUGAUAUCAAGGCCCUGCACAUCCCCAGUGUCGGCCUCCCCGGUGGCCCUAGGCUGGGUGACCCUCCAAGCAUGUAUGAUGACGCAGCGUUCAUAGCAUCCCACAUCGCGGAACUCGCAGACGCAGGGAGGGAUGUUCUACUCGUCACGCAUUCGUACGGAGGUACACCAGCAACCGAGUCUGUCAAAGGACUAAGUAAGAUAGAGAGAACCAAGAACGGUUUACCAGGCGGGGUUAUAGGUCUUGCGUACAUGACCUCGCUGGUACCAGAAGUGGGCAAGCCUGCCUCAACCAAGUCGCUGAGUCCUCUCAUGGAAACUGACGAAGACGGCUGGUUCUACUAUCCAGACAACAAACUAGUUGCAAACAUAGUCUUCUCGGAUCUUCCGCAGGAACAAGGCGAAGCGCUUGCCACGCAAUUGGUUCCCCAUUCAGAAGCUAGCUUUCGCUCUCCGUUGACCUAUGCCGGCUACAACGAUGUGCCAGUGUGGUACUUGGUUGCUGAAGGCGAUAAAUCCAUCUCCCCGGAAACUCAACGAUCACAGAUCUCCAUGAUUGAGCAAACAAGCGAGAACAAGGUUGACGUUGCAGUAACCGGCGCCGGUCAUGUCCCGCCAGUCACUGCGCCGAAAGAUGUCAGCGACUGGAUUCUUGCUGUGGUGUCGAAACUGGGCGAGGGGCAGGCAGAAACAACUUGA